CAUAAAUGCCUUUGAGUUAUCAAAGGUCACAGGAGGAAAAAGAAAGUCAUCUCAGGGACUGAAGUAGAUGAAGGAAGCAGCGUGACCUAAAUCUUUGUACGUGACGGAUAGCUGGUCCAGUUUAUUCCUAAACACUGAGAUUUGGCAACAUUGAUCAUCAUUGUCGGAGAAUUCUGCAACAACAGGUCAGAAUGGACGAGGAGUUCGCGAAACACCGCAUCAAGGAGCUCCAGCAGCAGCGGAUGAUGGUACAGAAAAAAACCUUCACCAACUGGAUAAACCAGAUUCUGUCAAAUAACCAGGUGCGGAUUUUCCUUACUGAUAUAUUCACUGAACUGAAAGAUGGUGUUGCCCUGAUUGCCCUACUGGAGACCAUCUCUGGAGAGAAGCUCAACAGACCAAACAGAGGCAGGAUGAGAGUCCACUAUCUGGAGAACAACAGCAGGGCCAUUGCCUUCCUGAAAACCAAGAUAAAUGUGGAGCUGAUUGGUCCUGAAAAUAUUGUGGAUGGUGACCGCACCCUAAUCCUGGGUCUGAUAUGGAUGAUUAUCCUGCGCUUUCAGAUUGCCUCCAUCACUCUGGAAGAGGAUGAGUCUGAUAGCAGCAGUGCCAAACGUUCUGCCAAGGAGGCUCUGCUGAUCUGGUGCCAGCGCAAGACAGCUGGAUACGAGAACGUUGAUGUCCAGGACUUCUCCUCCAGCUGGAAGGAUGGAUUGGCUUUCAAUGCACUAAUUCACGCUCACAGGGAGAAGGGGAAGAAGCCGCUCGGCUUCUUGCUCCUUCUCAUUACCAGUGACCUCCGUGAGAGACAUCAUGUGCUGGUUGAG